AUAACCGCCAACGGGACAAUAUUUGCAGUUGGUCCACUCGACCGAGAGAUGACGUCUUCCUACUUGCUAACGGUUGUGGUGCGCGAUUCCCCGUCCCCACGAUCCUCCGACAACGUGCUCAACUCAACCGCCAAAGUUCACAUCACCGUCACCGACAUAAAAAUAUCCUCUCUGGAGCCCGUGGGACAUCGGAUCGCAAAAUUCCAGGCCAAAGACUCCGACAUUGGCCUAAACGGGGUCGUUCGGUACACCCUGGAAGGCGACGCAACCGCCGACGGGGUGGGAAGACUGUUCCAUCUGUCGGAGGACAGUGGCGAUUUGUUCACUGCGGCGAAGCUCCCCACCGCGACAGAGGCAAGUUUGCAUUCAACGCAGAUGUUCUCCCAUUUCCUUGCUCCACGCACUUAG